AUGGUGGCGGCUAAGCGGCCGCCAAAGCUGCAGGUAGCCACACAAUUUGAAGAUUGCGUCAGUCGCAUGUUGGAGAGGCACCUUCUGAAUAACAAGCUUAUUGCGAAUGUUCCAAAGCGUCCAGGCGAGAACCCCAACGCACAACCAUCUAAUAUGGCGGUAGCGAGUAGGGGAAGCGAUGAGCUCGGCAAGCAGGUCGGGGAAGUUGGUAUUACACCACUGUCCGCCAACCAUUUCACGAAAGCAGGCCCAAAGGAACUGGGCCGAGUGGCACGAGAAAAAGAUGUGGUUAGCAUCCUCAAUCGUGCCACAGAUGGGGCACAUUCCAUCACCCGGGCCAUUACGCUUGAGGACUUCAAGCCCAGAGGGGAGGCGUCCACGGAUCCAUUGCCACAGGAAGAUCCUAAUUUUCAGCGGAAGUCGGAUGUCCCAGAUCAGGCUAAAUGGUUCCGGGGCCAUCGAGGGAGCAAUGGCGCCGUACAGGGACUUCGUGGAGAAACGGCCAGAGGACUCGAGGCGCCAGGAAAGAACAUCCCGGUCCUCCUCGACGUUAAUCGGAAUAAGUGCGAUGUCUUGGAGGAGGGAGUCCCAGGCGGCCACCUCGAGGGGGCCAAAGGGGCGCCGGAAGGCGAGACGCCCUAA